AGUUGUUUCUUUUAACACAAAACAUUUUUUAAUUUUUAGAUCGCACGUAUCAAUUUUUGUGUUAACUAAACAAAAGGCGCGAAGAAUAUGACAGAAGUAAACGCAUUUUUGUGUUGUCUAUGGUUUGUGAUCGCGUUUACGGAGGUCGCGUGUUGGACGGUCGAUUUGGAUGAAGUGAGACAAUUUCUGGACAAACAGAGGGAACAAGAAGAUUAUCACCAGCUGCAUUAUCACAAUUAUUACGACGAGUCCGAGGAAUACGACAGCUUUGCGGAGGUGACGGCGCAGCGCGGACAAAAUUACGCUCAGCAGUAUGGUUACGAAGGCUAUAUGGAGAAGAAGGUACACAGUUAUAUUUAUAAAGGAGCGAAGUAUUUAGACGGUCUGAGACUGGCUUUAGAGAAUUACAAACAACUACUGGAGAAUUGCAGUAUUUAUAACUUUACAGAGUUCGACAAUUUGAACGCAUCUCUGUUACCCGAUGUGAGGUGGAACGAGACAGCUGACGUGUGGAACUGGAACUGGGCUCAGGGCGAGAGGAGGGUGCAGUGGCCGCAGAUAUUGAACAUCACCAACACACUAAACAACAUCACACAAAAUACUACACAAAGUACUACGCAGGGCGCUACACAGAGUGCUACGCAGGGCGCUACACAGCGCAGUACCACAGAGGCAGAAUUAACAGGGGCGGAGACUCAAAGGGCGAAGUGCCACAAAGCGACGCGGGAGCGGGAACAUGUUAGACGCCUGGCUGACCUGGCGCUGUUCACUGCUAGACAGCUGCAGACCUGGGCUGCACAUGAGAAACAAUAUGACAAAAGUUCGGCACACGCUAAGGAGGAGCGCGCGCUGAUCACGCGGCUGGCGUAUUUCCUGGACAAGCUGGCCGAGCUGACCGGCUACACGCCAGAGAUCAAGGUCUUCAGCAAGCAAACUGACAGAACAACAACAACAACGACGGUGAAUCCUAUGUCUGUGCCGAUAUCGGAUGAGCUGCGUCAAAUGCUGCUGACCUGCCUCCGCCAGCACACCGCGCACUCACCAGACUCCGCGCCGGCCACAGAGCGCUGCCGAGCGCCGCUGUCGCUGCCGCCGCUGCUCAUGAGGAUGCUCAACAUUACUGAAGAUAACAUAAUAACAGUAGCGUCAACAACAGCGACGCCGCCGCCCCGCAGCAGCGCCCUCACCACCACGCCUCCACCACCACUGCACAUAGACCCUGAGGUCCGCCAGGCCAGGGUCCUCGACAACUACCUCGUCUCCAACGUGUGGGCCAGACAACCCAUCAGAACUAAGAGGAAACGCUCUCUUAACGAGCCUCUCAUGAAAAUGGUGGAAUAUUACACUAAGCACAAAGCCUGGACCGGAGCUAACAAACUAGAUAUAGACAAACUUCACGAAGAUCUUAAUGUUGAAAAUCAUUUAAAACCUAAAUCAAUGGAAGAUAGAUCAGAUUUCAUUAAAAGGAAGUUAGUUUUCAGUUUCCUUUAUCCUUACAAGAAUAAUAGAGGUUUCAGACGACCUAAACUCCCAAAUUUAAAACACGGAGAUAAAUUAAAUAAAUACUUGGAGAAACUACGUAAAAGCGAUGUGACAUCUAGCGAUGUUGUUAGAAAAGUCAAUAUAUUGCCUCGGAAGAUAAAAUCUAUACAAAAACGAUCAAUUAUCAUCGAAGAAUCCGAAGAUCCAAUGAGAGAUAUAAGUUUCUAUGUAAAGAAUAAGCCAGGGACCAACGUGAGGCCUUCCGUAGCUGAUGCUGUGAGGGUCAGAGCCAGUCUGCAGAGGAUCUUCAACACGGGGAACAUCGAAGUGGUGAGACGCUACGGCGCAAACUACAACCCUCUCAUACCAUCGCCAUUUUACUUUGGUGUUAUAAAAACUAUAUCUGAUAUAUAAAAAUAUCUUGUAUUAAUUAAUCACAGGUUUUGGUAAAAUCAAACACAUAUUUAAUUAUGCAAAAAAUAUAUUCAUCAUAAUAUAGCGAUAACCAACUUUUAACAUAACCUAGAAAUAACUGACAGAUGUUUUCCCGCCAAAAUUUAAUGAAACGUCACUUUAUUUCCGAACCGAAAGCGACAGACUAAAUAUUAAAAAAACAACGAUCUUAUAAACUUAUGCAAAAUCAACGAUUGUAUAUUAAACUGUAAGAGAAGGCUUCCGUUGUACUUUAACGUGGAGUUUCACUGACGUCACACUUGUAUUCAAAUAAAUUGAUGUCUCAAAUUUAGCAA